AUGGCGAUCGGCGGCAUUUCGCACCACUUGAGCUCGAUUGUCCUCUGGGCGGUCUUGCCCCAAAUCUUGACUUCAUUCGUCCUCAAAAGCUUCUACACCCUCUUGCCCCAAAUUCAACCGCGACUUCCACCCAACGCGUCCGCCGAUCAAAUCGCGCAUGAAAACUCACGCGCCCAACGCCACCAUCGCUUUGCUCGCAUCGGGCUCAUUCUGGCCUAUCUGGGCUACACUCUUUCUUCGGUCUACAUCGAACAAGGCACCCUCUUCUCCCAGAAUUUCUACACCCUCCUCGGUUUAACAAGGGAACAAGUCGAAGUCGGCGGCUCAUCGUUCGUCAAAUCACAUUUCCGCAGACUCGCUCGAUCAUUACACCCCGACAAAGUAGGCAAACAAGGCGAACCCCUCUUCAUCGCGAUCAAGCAAGCCGCUUUAGUAUUGGAGAAUGAAGGGAGUUUGAAGUGGGCCUAUGAGAGAUUCGGUAUGGACGCUUUGGCUUGGCAACCCAAACCUGCGACGCAGAGGGAGGCCGUUUUUCGUGGAGCGCAAUCCACGGUUGGGUUCUAUGUCGUUGCGCUCGUGUCUAUCUACAUGAUCUCUUGGUUCAGGAGGAGUGAACGGGUCAACAACUACGUGCGUGAAUCUCACGAUUCAUGCCUGCACCAACUAACUUAAGCCUUUGUCAUUCUCUCAGUGGCGCUACCUCUUCCUCCUCACUACCGCGGCUCUCGAAUUCCACAUCAUACUCCGCACCUCCCUCGGACUAUCCUUCACCCACCCCUUCCUCUCUCUCCUCCUCCCCAACCGACUCCCCUACGAACAAAUCCAAUUCCUUCGCCAACUCUUCAUCUCCGGAUCCAUGGCCCUCUCCCACCUCACACCCUUGAUCUCCACCGCCUCCAUGCUCGAAGCCUCUCUUGAAGGCUCCUCAAUCGAAGAGCGUCUCACCGCGCAAGCCUAUAAAGAUACCGAGGCUAUACGCCCUUUGAUCCAAGAUCUGACGAUGGUCUUGAAAGGCUUGGAACAGGAAUCGAGAAUGUUGAGGUGGGGCGAGUUGAGGCCUUUAUUAGGGGAGGGGAUGGGGGAUGAACGAUUUGAGGGGGUUUUGGAGGAUGUGAGAGAGAAGACGGAGGAUUUAAUCAAGUGCUUGAAGGUGAAGGUUGGAGAGGGAACCAAGGAGGCUUGGAAGGAUGCGGUGCAGAGAGGGGCGGAGAAGCAUAUGGUUGAGGAGGAGGUGAGAAGGAAGCGCGACGUGAAAGUCAAGGAGAAGGAGAAGGAAGUACCGGUCAAGCAAGAGCAGGAGAAGCCGAUCAAGGUGGAGGUAACAAGUGUGGCGAUGCCAUCGUCGUCGAAUGGCAAGAUGGAACUUACGACCACCGGUGCGGCCACUUCAUUGAAAAAGCCCGCACUUCACCCCGAUGUCUUCGGCUCAAAGCCCCUCUCGCCCGACGACGAAGCAGCUAUCAUCGCUCGAGCUCGCUUGUUAUCACCACCACCCGAAGCUUGA